AUGGCAACAAGUUUCUCUGCAGAAGCAGAUGUCAAAUCAUAUUCUACUUCACCAGAAUAUAGUCAUCACAAAGAUUAUAAAGCCUUGAUCAAUAAAAUUUCGGAGAAGCUGCUUAGAAGAGAUGCAAUUCAGUUAGGAUAUGACCAUAACAUUCCAAAGUGGUACAGUGAGGUUGGAAAUGACUCCCAAGAUGCCACCUAUACCCAUCGUGUGCUCAGUUAUAUGGAAGGAAAAGAUAUAAUAUCUCCUACCAAUGUAAGAGAACUUGUGCGCUUCCUAGAUAAAAUUGAACAAAAGGAGCUAUUACAGUUAACAGUGGAUUUUGAAAAAAAACAUAUUGCAGAUAAUUGUGGUGAGGCCAACAAGCUAAACCGACCUAUUGCAUGUGAAGAGGAUGUUAGAAUUGAUCGGCCACUUUCAACUCAGAAAAGUGCUGAAAACAUCAGGACACGAUUUCUUCCAUCUAUGAAACGUUCAAGAAGUGAUGAAUCUCCCUUUUCAUUUUCAACCAGAAAGCCUAUGAUAGCUAAUACCAAAACAGGUGCUAUAUGGAGUAAUUCUAACUCUCCUUCAAAUCUACUAUUGGGGACUUCUCCACCAGUUCGUUUCAGUCAGUCACCAGUUGCUCUUGAUCAACCAGAUUUAAAUCCAACUGAUUAUCAUUCUAUAGAUUUCUUAAAGCAAUUACAAGCACAAUUUACUAUAUCACAUGCUGUAGCCUAUGCAAAACUGAUCAAAGAUUUUAUCAAGCCAGUAAUGCAGGAUGAUGCCAAUUUGCAAUCACACGAAAAUCUUACAAAUGCUUUUUUUAAAAUUCAGGAAGUGAUUAGUAGCCUAAAUGAAGCAUCAAAUAACCUGGCCAUAAACAAUAACCCUUCUUCUAAUUAUGACCACAGAAAUCAAGUGGUUUCACAACCUAUCUCUAUCCCACCUAAGGCUAACAUUUCUCCACUUCAUAGUGGUGCUUCUGUUAUCACUGCCAGCCAAGAAAGUACAGGUGAACAUGAGCUUAGCAUGUCUAUGGAGAAGCAAAGAACUGCUGAUCAUCAAGAUCCAAGUAGAGAUGAUUCAACUACAAAAAAGACUAAAAAAGCCAAACAAUUCAAAAUUUUUAAAUAG